CCGGAAUCGCGCGGGACGCGCGCUCGACGCGCGCGUCGCGCGGCGCGCGGGCGCGCGGGCGGUGAUUUCUCGCUCGCGCGCGCGCGCCGGAAACGCGCGAUCGCUGGCCGCGCGAGGACGUUUCGCGGACGAUGGCGGACGGCCGACCGGACGCCGCAUCGGCGACGCGCGCGCGCGCGAUGGACGACGGACGAGCGGCGCGCGAGGCGAAGAAAACGUUCCUGGGUCCGUUCGCGGUGAUCUCCAUCUCAUACGUUCUGUUUACGAUGACGGACGGCGCGGUGCGGAUGCUGGUGCUCAUGCACGCGUACGCGCGAGGGUUCGAGGCGAUGGAGGUGGCGACGAUGUUUACGCUGUACGAAUUGUGCGGCGCGGCGACGAAUCUGUGCGCCGGCGUCGCGGGCGCGCGAUUUGGGGUGCGACAGACGCUGUGCGCGGGGCUGGGAUUGCAAGUGGUGGGGUUGGGGAUGCUGUUCGCGUGGGACGACGGGUGGUCGAAGCGCGAGGCGAUCGCGUUCGUCACCGUCGCGCAGGCGAUUUGCGGCGUCGCGAAGGACUUGACGAAGCUGGGAGGGAAGACGGUGACGAAACUCGUGACGCCUGAGGAUAAGCAAAAGUCGUUAUUCAAGCUCGUGAGCGCGAUCACCGGAUUGAAGAAUAGCUUUAAGGGGGUGGGGUACUUCAUCGGCGCGGCGAUGCUCGGGGUGAGUUACGAGGCGGCGCUUUGGAUGCAAAUCGCGCUCGUCGCCGCGGCGUUACCGUUCGCGGUGUUCGGACUGGAUAAUUCCCUCGGUCGAGUGGCGAAGGCGAACAUCACCAUGAGUACGGUGUUUAAACAAAGCUAUAAUAUGAACAUUCUCUCGCUGAGUCGGAUGUUUUUGUUCGGGAGCCGAGAUUUGUGGUUUGAGGUGCCGCUGCCGUUCUUCUUGCGAAGCGCCGAGGGAAUGGGUUGGCCGCGCUCUGCCGUCGGUGCGCUUCUCGCGGGCUAUAUCAUCGUUUACGGGCAGUUGCAAGCGUGGACGCCGCAACUGUUUCUCAAACCGCUCAAUCAAAAUCCGCCGAACAAGCACGUGGCGGUGAUUUGGAACGUGGCGCUGGUGAGCGUACCGCUCUUCCUCGGUGGUUUCAUACAAUCGAGCGCGUUUCAAAACCAUUCGGGCGCGACGACGACGAAAACGGUCGUCAUCUUUGUCGGUGUCUUCGUCUUCGCGUAUUUAUUCGCCGUGAACUCAGCCAUUCAUUCCUACUUGGUGGUCAAGUACGCCGACGGAAACAAGGUGGCGAUAAACGUCGGCUUUUAUUACAUGGCCAACGCAUUCGGCCGACUCAUAGGCACCAUCAUUAGCGGCGCGCUUUACUCCUACGUCGGCUCCACCGUCGAAGGUUUCGCCGCAUGCUUCUGGGCGAGCUCAGCCUUCGUCCUGAUCUCCGCCGCGCUCGAGCUGUACAUCGACGACGAUGCGGGCGGGCUUUGGUGCGGCUCCAUCAAGUGCAUCGGCGACGACGACCUCGCGGAAAACGACGUAGAAUCGACGCAGCCCUAAACGACUGAACGCAUUCGCGCGUUCAU